AUGGCGACGACGCAGGACCGCUUCACGUACAGCAAGGCGCCCGUCAAGCGCGUGCGGGCGGUGCAGUUCAGCGUCUGGGACCCAGACGAGAUCAAAAAGUAUUCUGUCUGCAAAGUGGACGCCAAUGAGAUCUACGAGAAGGGCAAGCCCAAGGCCGGUGGCCUCAGCGACCCCCGCAUGGGUACAAUGGACAAGUUUGGCGGCAUCUGCACGACCGACGGCGCCAACAUGUACGACUGCCCCGGGUACUUUGGGCACGUCGAGCUGGCCAAGCCGAUGUUCCACAGCGGGUUCAUCAAGACGGUGGUGCGGGUGCUGCGGUGCGUCAGCUACCACGACAGCAAGCUGCUGAUCGACAAGGAGGGGCCCUGA